AUGAAAUUUAAUUCAGUUAUUCUAACUUCAUUUCUAACAGCUUCUGCUCUUGCUAGAAGUGUUGUAACUCUAGAUGAGACAUUUGAUGCUGUUUCUGUCAGAGUAACAAAACCACCUGCCUCUUCCAGCACUUCUACCGCUGAUGACACUACUAGUACCGAAGCAAGCGCAGUUACAAGCGCACCAAGUAGCGACACUAGCAGCGUCGUUAAUACUGAAUCAGCUUUGUACUCCAACUCUAGUUCAGCUGCCAUUACAAGCAGCUCUUCCAGCUUGAGCUCUAUUGUCACCACAACCAGUGGCUCAAAGCUUCAAACGAUACUUACCCAAUCUGUCGUGGCAAAAUCUAGCUCUUCGUCUAGCACUACCGCUCAGACAUCUAAAAGUUCAACAACAACAUCUUCAACCACAACGUCUAAAAGUUCAACAACAACAUCUGCAACCACAACUUCUAAAAGUUCAACAACAACAUCUGCAACCACAACUUCUAAAAGUUCAACAACAACAUCUGCAACCACAACGUCUAAAAGUUCAACAACAACAUCUGCCACCAAAACGUCUAUUGCUCAAUCAGAAACCACUGCUGAAGCUAUCUCCGCAUCGGACCGUGCUGCUGUUCUAGACACUCAUAACUCAUUGAGAGCACGUCACCAAGACACUGGCUCUCUAGUAUGGAAUGACGACCUAGCCGCUUAUGCUUACAAUUACGCACAAUCUUUGAAGGGCGGGGACUCCGACCCAUGUAACUACGUUCUAAAGCACUCUGGUGGUCAAUAUGGUGAAAACUUGGCUGCUGGUACUAACUCUUCACCAGCUGAUUUGGUCAACUUAUGGUACGAUGAAAUUAAGUACUACGAUUACAACAACGUUACCGGUAUUGAACACGAUGGUCAUGAAGUGGGUCACUUUACACAAUUAGUAUGGGCAUCAUCCACAGAUCUUGGUUGUUCUGUCGAAAGGUGUACAAAUGGUGCUGUCUACUUGAUUUGUGAAUACUCGCCAGCUGGUAAUAUUUACGUCGUUGGUGAAGGUGUCACUGAUCACUACAUGUUGUACGAGCAAAACGUUAAGCCAUUGAAAUCCACCCAAUAG